AUGACAGACGAGAUUACGCCGCCAACUCUCCCUCUCGUCAAGAAGGAGGAGAAGAAGCCUGCCUCUUCGGGUAAUAACCGUGGACCAAAGAGGCAGACUUCCAACUCGUCUAAUUCACGAGGUGGUGCUCCUGGUGCUAGACCUUCCUCCAGAGGUAGCAACAAGAAGACCCAGACCCAAACCAACACGGCAGCCGUCGAGUCGGGUUCCGACACUGCCUCCAGAAAGGGCUCCGAUAAUGGCAAAAAGCAAGAUCAGCGGGCGAAGAACCCUUCAACUGGUGGACGUGGACCUCCGCAACGUAGAGGGCAUCCUCCUGCUUCUCAAGGCACGCGCACCCCGAAGGAUCAAAGCCAAAACAAGCAGUCAUCUUCACCUGCUCCUGCUCAGGGCAAAGAAUCCAGUGACGCACUCUCUUCUCUUCAACGAGUUAUUGCAGAUCUUAAGACAACAUCUCCAGUUCAACCCCCUGCAGGAUCUAACAACCUUGCAUCAAUGCCUGGCUCGCAAGGCCAUACUUUACCUUUGCAUGCGCCCACCUUCCAACCAGGGGCAGGGGCUUAUCAUGGAACAAAUGUGGAUCAGAAGCAUCGUAAAGCCGCCUCCCUAGGAAACUCUUCGUUGUCGGGCAAUUUCAACUCUUAUUCUCCUCAUUUAGGAGCUAUGAUGGAAGACGUUGAGGAUGGUUCGGGGUCCUUUGAGGAAGGUGAAAUCCCAGAACGUUAUUAUCAGGGGGGUCAUCAGCCACGCUCUCAGUCGCAGAGUUUUAUGGCUCCACGCUUUGCAGCGCUAGCGGCACAGCAGGAGCAAGACACAGUUGGUCCUACUGGUCGCCCCCAAUUAGCACCAGGCUUCAUGUUCGGUGCACGCAAACGCGGCCCGCCUAUGGGCCCACCUAUCAACGAGGAAGAUAUCGGUUUCCAGUUCCCUCAACAGCAGCAAAACUAUCUUCCUGAGGUUGGACAAAAGGAACAAGGUCACAGGAAGACCGAAAGCGGUGAAAUUACGGGCAUCAUGGCCGAGCAGAUUGCAUUGCAAAAUCAGAUUGAGGCCCUCCAGCAACAACAGCAGGCUCUGUACCAACAACAGCUCGCCUCUAAUCAAGUUCUAUCGUUCCAAACCCCCGGCCUUGCACCACAUCGUGGCGCCCAUCGGCGUGUCCAGAGUACAGUGCCUAUGAGCCCCAGUUCAGGCGCUACAUUUGGCUCUCUCCAACACCCCAUGGGCCAAUUCGGAAGCAUUGGUGGCUUAAAUCUUGGCCUCGAUGGUCAAACACAAGGGAUUCCUAGGGGUCAUGGCCGACGACAUAGUGUAACCGUCGUUAACAAGACCGUCAGUCAACCAAACAUGGGGUCUACCGCCUUUGAAGGCUUUGACGAAGGCUUUACUCCUCCUGUUCCUGCAAUGGGAGGUCACUCGAGGCAAACAUCUCGAGUCGAUUCCAGCUGGCGAAUUAAUGGUGGUGUUGGAGGCAUUCAGGGCAAUAAUGGUGGAUUUGCGACUGAUCUUGCCCAAGCACAGGCACAGUUGCAAAGUUUACAGCAAUUCAGAGCUGCUGCUGGGGGUCAUCACCAUAAAAUGCCUUCCUUCAGUUUCCCCAACAUGCUGCCUAACAUGAUGGCUGCCAAUAUGAUGGGUAUUGGAUUGGGUGGGAUAAAUCUUCUCCAACAGCAGCAACAGCAAUUCCAAUCUCAACUCCAGCAGCAGUCCAACCAACCUCAACGCAAAUCUUUGUUCGCUCCCUACUUGCCUCAGGCUUCCUUGCCACCUCUUCUUGCUGCUGGAAAACUGGUUGUUGGAAUUCUUCGAGUUAAUAAACGCAACCGCUCAGAUGCCUACGUUGCUACUGAAGUUCUGGAUGCUGACAUCUACAUCUGCGGUUCUAAAGAUAGGAAUCGAGCUCUCGAAGGAGACAUAGUUGCCGUAGAGCUUCUGGACGUUGAUGAAGUUUGGGGUACCAAGAAAGAAAAGGAAGAGAAAAAGAGGAAGAAGGAAGAAAAUGCCGCAUACGACUUAAAGUCCAAUACUGGUCGCAAAGAUGACAAGAAGAAAGAUGACGUGGAAGUUGAGGGACAAGGCCUUAUGCUUUUUGAGGAUGAAGAGGUAACCGAUGAAAUUAAACCCCAAUUUGCAGGGCACGUCGUCGCCGUUGUUGAAAGAAUGCCAGGUCAAUUAUUCUCCGGGACUUUGGGCCUUCUCCGUCCAUCUUCUGCUGCUACUAAGGAAAAACAAGAGGCUGAAAGACGCGAGCGAGAGGGUGACAAAGGUGAUGAACCGCGUCGUCCUAUUGAACGUCCUAAGAUUGUGUGGUUUAAGCCCACCGAUAAGCGUGUACCUCUUAUUGCCAUCCCAACAGAACAAGCACCUCCAGACUUUGUUCAGAACUCAGAAGCAUAUGUUGACAAGCUCUUCGUUGCUUGUAUUAAACGUCAUCCUAUCAGUUCUUUGCAUCCUUUUGGGACCUUGGUUGAAGAACUUGGACCCAUUGGCGAUAUUGAAGUUGAAACAAGCGCGCUUCUUAAGGAUUGUAACUUCCCUACGGAGGAUUUCACAGACAAUGUUUUGAAAUGUCUUCCGCCUAUCCCUUGGACUAUCCCUGAGCGUGAAGUUGAGACUCGUAAAGAUUUGCGGGGUGAACGCAUCUUUAGCAUUGAUCCUGAAACAGCUAAAGACAUCGACGACGCCCUGUCGAUUAAAGCAAACGACGAUGGAACUUUUGAUGUUGGUGUUCACAUAGCGGACGUUUCAUUCUUUGUGAAGCCAAACACGCCAUUAGAUCGGGAUGCGCGCAAGAAAGCAACAAGUGUUUAUCUUGUGCAGCGCGCAGUGCCCAUGCUUCCUCCUACUUUAAGCGAGCAACUGUGUAGUUUGCUUCCCGGCCAAGAUCGCCUCGCAUUUUCCGUUGUCUUCACAAUGGAUAAUGAAGCAAGAAUUACCAAAAAAUGGUUCGGCAAAACCAUAAUUCGCUCUGUGGCCAAAUUGGCAUACUCUGAUGCUCAAAAAGUCAUUGAUGGUCAACCUCUAAGCGAUGUGCCAAUAGAUACAGGCCAUAAUCCCUCUGAUAUCGAACGUGAUAUCAUGGGCUUGCAGAAUCUUGCCAAGAAACUUCGUGCACGUCGAUUCGAAAACGGAACUUUAAGUCUGGAAAGCCUCAAACUUUCGUUCACCCUGGAUGAAAAUGGCCUUCCUACAGAUUGUGGACAAUACGAGCGCAAAGAAGCCAAUACGUUGAUUGAAGAGUUUAUGCUUUUGACCAAUAUCUCUGUUGCCCAACAAAUUGCUGUGCACUUACCCGAGCAAGCCUUGCUACGGCGCCAUGAUACUCCGCUUGAACGUCGCUUGAACUCUUUCAACCAACGUGCAGAACGCUUGGGAUACACCAUGGACACAUCGUCUGCGGGUGCCUUGAUGAAGUCUUUCAACGCAAUUGAUAAUCCGACUGCCCGCAGACUCUUGGAACUUCUGUCAUUCAAGGCAACACAGCGCGCUAAAUACUUCUGCUCCGGCAUGCUUGAUAUUGCGAAAUAUUGGCAUUAUGCACUGAAUACCCCUCUAUAUACUCAUUUCACGUCCCCUAUUAGGCGAUAUGCUGACAUUCUUGUUCACCGUCAAUUGGAGGCAGUUUUACAAGGCGGAGCCGAGACAAAGUUUACCAUGGACCGUGAUGCUGUGGCGAAAGUCGCACAACAGUGCAACAUUAAACGCGAUUCUGCCGUCCUUGCUCAGGAGCAGUCAGCGCAUCUUUUCCUUUGUGUCCUCAUUUCAGAUCUCACAAAUCGAUAUGGUCCUGUAAUUCGUCAAGCAAAGGUCGUCGGUGUGCUCGAUGCUGCUUUUGAUGUGCUUGUCCCAGAAUUUGGUAUUGAGAAACGGGUUCAUGUUGAUCAAAUGCCAAUUGACAACCAUGUUUAUGACGAACACACUCACACACUUCAAAUUUAUUGGUCCAAUCGCGAUGUUAUAUCUUGGCUUGCAGAGAACAGCGACGACGAACAUUUAAGAAAGGUGAAACAAAAUGCUGAACAGCAUGCUUUGAAAAUGGAAGUUGUCUCUCGUUCUGUCCACGAUGAGAGCGCUCUUUUCGAUGAAGAUGACGCCGACGACGAUGAGAUCGUAUUGGGCCGUAGUGAGACCUUACCCGAGAAGCCUGAGACCUCCAAGCAACGCCUACUUUCCAUGGCCAAAGUCAAACCCGAAUUUGAAGGUGUACGCGUCACUGCGUCCGGGCACAAAAUCCAGGAAAUUCGUGAACUCAUGACCGUCCCUGUUAUUGUCACCGCAGACCUUACGAAGAGCCCUCCUGUCAUUAAAGUCUACAGUGUCAACCCUUAUGCUGAGCAGAAGUAA